UAGUGUAUCAUGGAUGAGGCAUCUCUCCCGACAAAGACCGGAUUAUCGCAGUAAGUCGUCAAUUACUGGCAUCGGUUGGAAGCAGUCGUCUUUGACAACAUUACACAAUUUUGUUAGAGUUGUUCAUACUACUACAAAGCAUGCAUAUUAUUUUUCCAAGUAUAUAUUCCUC